AUGCCGCCGUUCCUCCCCCGCAAACGCUUCUCCUCCGAGGACCCGCCCCCGGCCAAGCGUCAGGCCCAGGCCAAUAAUGACAUCCCUGCCAAACCCGCCCCGGACUCUGAUUCAAGCUCUGAUUCUGAUUCUUCGUUGAGUGAUGUUCCUGAGGAACUCGACGACUCGCUUCAGGCAACGCCGGUCCAGGCAGCGCUAGCUGAGGAUUCCGAUGACGAGGAGGAGGACUCCGAUGACGAAAUAGACUGGGAAGAUGCCAUCGAUACCAAAACCACAAACACCACCCCGACGCUGGCCGUCCCGGAAUUACAAGAUCUAGAAUUGACACUGGACAGGAAUGAGACUGAGAUUGUGGAUCUAGUCGAUCCCAAGAAGGGGCCGACCAAAAUUGAGCGCCAGAUUCGCAUCCAGUCGCACUGCAUGCAUGUCCAGUGCCUGCUCUUCCAUAAUGCCAUUCGCAAUGCAUGGAUAAACGAUGCCAAGAUCCACGAGAUACUGCUGAAAAAGCUUCCUGAAGGGAUACACAAGGAGGUAAAGAAAUGGCGAAUCGCAUCUGGGUUAGAGCUGCCGGAGAAAAAACCGGAACCGCCUAAGAGCAAGAAGAAAGGCAAGAAAGCCCGGAAGCAGAAGGAUUGGGGAGAGGAUUCAGAAAGGUUAGAACCUGGACAACCCGAUAUGAGUCGCGGGGAUCCGAUUAUCAUCCUUCUCAAGGUCCUGGUGGCAUAUUGGCGGAAGCAGUUUCGCAUCACAGCUCCCGGGCUACGCAAGCAUGGCUAUCGCCCUGUCGCUGCGCUUGAAGCCAUACUCAAGGAUUUCCAUAAAGAGGACCAUGACCCCGAGCGUCAUGGAGAGCGCAUUACAAAUCGUGAAGAGCUUCGAGCAACAGCCGAAAGUAUGCAGGGCUCUCGGGAUGUUGGAGCUCAACUGUUUACAGCUCUAAUGCGGGCUUUGGGUAUUGAAGCAAGGCUUGUAGCGAGUCUACAGCCAUUAGGAUUUGGUUGGACUAAAGCGGAAAUUUACACAGGAUCCAAGACCGAGACAGAAGAAAAAAAGCAAGAGCCUUCAGCGGCAGCCGACAUUAUAUCAGACUCUGACGACGACUCAGACCAAAAUAAAUCGAAGAAGAAGACGAGAGACAGUGGGUACGAUAAAGAUUUGCUAUUUCCAGUAUAUUGGACUGAGGUUGCUUCACCCGCCACCCAUGAGAUUACUUCCGUGGACCCCAUGGUGCUAUCAAACCCCUUAGCACCCACCUCCGAUCUUCAGGCAGCAUUCGAACCCCGAGGUGCCAAAGCCGACCGGGCGAAGCAAGUUAUAUGCUACGUUGUUGCGCAUUCUGCAGACGGGACAGCCAAGGAUGUCACAACACGAUAUCUCAAGAGACGGACAUGGCCCGGCAAAACCAAAGGCUUCAGAAUGCCCGUCGAGAAGAUCCCAAUUCCAGGCCGGCGUGGCGAAUCCUUUGAAUUUGACUGGUUUCGAGUCGUGAUGCGCGGGUACGAAAGGCCAGCUGCAAAACGAACGGAGGUCGACAAGCUAGAAGACGAAAAGGAUCUUCAACGGAAACAGCCAGAGAAAAAGAAAGUAGCUCAGCCAGGAGAUACGCUACAAAGCCUGCGCACAUCCACCGAAUUCGUACUAGAGCGCUUCCUACGCCGCGAAGAAGCACUAAAACCAGGUGCGGAGUCCGUCCGCACUUUCAUAGCCGGUAAAGGCGCUCGCGCCAAAGAGGAACCCGUAUUCCUUCGAGCAGAUGUCCUAAAGUGCCUGUCAGCUGAAAGUUGGCACAAAGAGGGCCGCCAAAUCCAGCCCGGCUCAGUGCCACUUAAACGCGUCCCCAUCCGCGCCGUGACUCUGAUCCGCAAGCGCGAGGUGGAAGAGCUCCAUCGUGAAACUGGCGAGAAACCCAUGCAGGGACUUUACUCGCGGGACCAGACCGAGUUCAUCAUCCCACCGCCCAUCCGUGAUGGAAAAAUUCCCAAAAACGAUUAUGGGAAUAUCGACUGCUUCGUUCCGAGCAUGGUUCCUCGCGGUGCAACACACGUCCCACUCCCGGCUACCGUACGAGUAUGCAAGAAGCUUGGAAUAGAUUACGCUGAAGCGGUGACCGGAUUCGAAUUUGGAUCUAAGAUGGCCGUCCCCGUUAUUCAGGGUGUGGUUGUGGCAAGUGAGAAUGCAGAUCUGCUUCGAGAUGCGUGGCGUGCCGAAGCUGCUGAGAAACGAAAACGCGAGGAGCUAAAGGCUGAGAAGCGGAUUUUGCAGACGUGGCGAAAGUUUCUGUUUGGAUUGCGGAUUGCUGAGCGUGUACGCGAGGAGUAUGGUGGGGAUCCGGAUGAUGAUAUGGAACGAGAAGCCCAUAACCCAUUUGUGGCGCGUAAGAAAGACCAGGGGGAUGAUGUUGAUGAAAGACACUUUCAUGACGAGUCUGUCCAUGAUCGUGCCGAUGAUUAUGAUCCUGUGGAACAUGGUGGUGGCUUCUUGUUACCUGGUGAAGGAGAUGAGGAGAAUGAUGAUGGCUUGAUUGUUGAGCAUCAUAAAGACGAGCAAAAGGAUGUCAGUCGUCCUGAGGGUGAAACCAAUUCGCCCGAGGACUUAUCGCCUCCAAUCUCGAUAUCGUCAGGAUCUGGAGAUGAUUCUGAGCCUGAUUAUCCACCCCCGAGUACUAGUACACGUCGCCGCCGCCGGGGCAGUUGA